AUGUCGGAGGAUUUGAACAAGAAGACCGAAGAGUUGUCUCUCGAGAACGAAAAGACUGUCUUGAGCAGCAAGGAGGAAUUCACGGCCAAGCACCCUUUGAACUCCAAGUGGACCUUGUGGUACACUAAGCCUAUGACCAACAAGUCCGAGACUUGGCAGGAUUUGUUGAAGCCCGUCAUCACUUUCUCUUCUGUUGAAGAAUUCUGGGGCAUUCACAAUUCCAUUCCAGUGGCUUCUCAGUUGCCUUUGAAGUCCGACUACCACUUGUUCAAGGAAGGUAUCAAGCCUGAGUGGGAAGACGAGGCCAACGCCAAGGGUGGCAGAUGGCAAUAUUCCUUUAAUAAUAAGCGUGAUGUCAUCCAAGUUAUCAACGACUUGUGGUUGCGUGGUCUUUUGGCUGUCAUUGGUGAGACCAUUGAGGAUGACGAGAACGAGGUGAACGGUAUUGUGUUGAAUGUUAGAAAACAGGCUUUCCGUGUUGGUAUCUGGACCAAGGACUGUGACGAGUCCAAGUUGGUUACCAUUGGUGAGAGAUUCAAGAAGGUUUUGAGAUUGCCUGACGACCAGAAGGUGGAGUUCAUGUCCCACGACACCUUCAAUGCUAAAGGCGAUGCCCAAAUCUCCAUCUAA